UGUCCCUUAUACCUGUUACCGCAAUCGUUACAGCUGUUACCAAAAAAUAAAUGAACUAAUCAAGGUAGAAAGUACUGGUUCGUAUUACGGAUAUAACUUCCCAAAUGGAGUCGCCUGUGAAGGAAUCCCUUGUCAAAGGGGGUUUUCACAGACUAGAGGUCCAGAAAACGACGUGGGACGUCCCCGAACGCUACACUUCGCUGAAAGCGGUCGGUUCCGGCGCCUACGGGACAGUAUGUUCUGCCAUUGAUCAGAAAACCAUGGAGAAGGUGGCCAUCAAGAAGCUUUAUCGGCCUUUCCAGUCCCUCACUCACACCAAGCGGGCCUACAGGGAGCUCAGACUGCUUCGCCAUAUACAGAACGACAACGUUAUCUCCCUUCUUGAUGUGUUCACACCUGAUUCCUCGCUGGAAAAAUUCCAGACCUUUUACAUGGUGAUGCCGUUUGUAGCACAGGACCUGGGGCACAUCAUGAAGCGACGGAGGCUAACUGACCGAAUCAUCAUCUACCUGUUCUACCAGCUCCUCAGAGGACUCAAGUAUAUUCACUCUGCUGGGAUCAUCCAUCGGGAUCUGAAGCCUGGAAACCUUGCGGUCAAUGAGAACUGUGAACUGAAGAUCCUGGACUUCGGCCUGGCGAGACACACAGAAAGCGAGAUGACUGGCUAUGUUGUGACGCGCUGGUACAGAGCACCUGAGGUCAUAUUCAACUGGAUGCACUACAGCCAGACGGUGGAUGUGUGGUCUGCUGCCUGUAUUCUGGUGGAGAUGAUCACUGGCCAGGUGCUUUUCCCGGGACAUGACAGCAUCGACCAGCUGAAAAAGAUCCUCCGCCUUACAGGGACACCGCAGCCGUCCUUGAUAGAAAAGAUGCAAAGCAAAGACGCACAGUCGUACGUGCAAAGUCUUCCUGUACAAAAGAAGAAACAGUUCAGGGAGGAGUUUCCAAGCAUGGAUGAGAAUGCUGUGCAUCUGCUCGAGGGCAUGUUGCAGCUGGACCCAGACACGCGGCUGACAGCCAAACAGGGUCUGGAGCAUCCAUACCUGGUGGAGUACCACGACCCCGAGAGCGAGCCGGACUCCGAGCCUUACGACGACUCCUUUGAGAGUCUGGAGCUCGCUAUCGGAGAGUGGAAGAGUCUUAUCCACAUGGAGAUCAUGACCUUCGACCCUGCAAACCCCAAUAAGACGGCGAUAUAGGACAAUGUCAGUGCCGUGUACAGAGAGAGUCUGGCCAACUGGCUACAUGGGCGCCAUAUCGCCUACCAACCGGCAGGCAGCCCCACGCGCACGCUAUUCAAAACCGCGCUCGCUUCAUGAGCUCUCAAGCUGCACUUUCACAGAAAUAAGGGAAACAGAGAUAUUCAAAUGUUCUGAUAUUCAAACAGUGUAAGUGGGUCAGCUGACACCUGACUGGUCAAACUUCACAGACCCAUGACUUUAACACAGGUUGAUGGAUUUCCAUGAAACGUGCAUAGAUAUGGAAUCAUAUUACACUGGUUUAGUGAGGAUCUUUAAGAACGAAAAAAUCAUUUUCAUUGUAAUCGUAAGUAAUUCAUGUUUCUGUUUGAGAA